AUGGCACUUGGAGGCAACAAAAUUAAUACUGCCAGCAGGAAGACUUAUGCGGCAUUGGACGUUGAAUCUAUGGGGGUUGAUGUUAAUACUGGACCGGCAAUAAAUUUAAUAGACAAUAGAAGGUCAGUUUUACUUAUCAAUAAAAAUACCUUAAUAUUUGCCAUAGUUGGCGGUCUCAACAAUGACCUCUACGCCAUCCCAGUCAAAUUCAACAAAUCCUCAUCACCACCUGAAAAGUGCAACGAAAUCCAGGAAUGGGACAAGAAAAUCUUGCCUCCUGGCUGGGAAAAGCACGAAGACAACGACGGUCCAUAUUAUUGGCACAUCAAAAGUGGAAGGGAAAUGCCAUCCGCAUCAGAAAAACAAGACAAAAAUUUCAAAGAAAGAGCAGUUACUAGAAGUAGUACCAGUUCAGCGCUAGAUUUGGAUGCAGACAAAAGGAAAGAGGAGCUGGCGUUGAAAAGACGCACCUUUCCCCCCAAAGCCCGAGCCAGAAAUCAAGGAAAGACCUAUACGAUUUGCCGUAAGGUCUUUGGGCUGGGUGGAAAUUGCCGAAGAUGA